AGGAGCUACAUAAACAGAGUGAGAGAGAGAAUGGAAAACCCAGAGUUGGAUCAGAUGGAAGACAAGGUGAUGAUCUCCGCCCAAACCACACCCACAUGCACUGCUCCUAAACGAGGAGGCUGGACUACCUUCCCCUUCAUUAUAGGAACAGUGACGGGUCUUACCCUAGCCGCCAGUGGGUGGUCGGUGAAUUUGAUGGUAUUUCUCAUACGGAAGUUCAAUGUGAGUAGCAUCGCAGCUACCAAGAUCAACAACGUUGUCAUAGGUUGUAACAGUCUUUUUCCCGUUGUCGGUGCCAUCCUUGCCGACUCUUUCUUCGGCUCCUUCUCCGUCGUCACCGUUUUCUCUUUCGUUUCUUUGCUGGGUAUGACGAUGUUAACCGUGAUAGCUGGAGUCCAAUCCUUGAGGCCUUCAGAAUGUCCAUUUGGAUCAUUAAACCCAUGCGAACAUCCAUCAUGGCUUCAAUAUUUAGUCCUAUAUGCAGCACUAGCUCUGGCUUCACUAGGAGUGGGAGGCACUCGCUAUACAAUAGCAACAAUGGGUGCCAAUCAAUUUGACAAUGUUAAGGACCAAAGGGAUUUCUUUAAUUGGUAUGUUUUGGCCUUGUCUGUUUCCAGUAUCAUAAGCUCCACUGCCAUCGUUUAUGUUCAGGACAAUGUUGGCAGGGGAUUAGGGUUUGGGAUUUGUUUGGUUUCAAAUGCUAUUAGUUUAGCAUUAUUUUUAUUUGGAAAAGCAUUUUACCGGAAAAUUAUACCAAAAGGAAGCCCAUUCGUGAGCAUAGCUAGGGUGGUGGUUUCAGCUAUUCUCAAAAGGAAAAUGGUAUUGAGUUUAACGGAAUCGGAUUACUACUAUGGAACUGAAAUGCCAAAAAUGGGUCACAGUGCAGCAACUCGAAGUUUCAGAUUCUUGAAUCGUGCAGCGUUAAAAACAGAAAAUGACAGAAAGUUCGAUGGCAUUUAUAGAAAAUCAUGGAAGCUAUGCAGCGUGGAAGAAGUAGAAGACCUCAAAACCUUAAUAAGAAUCAUCCCAAUAUGGUCUGCUGGCAUUAUGGUAUCCACCACCAUUGCCAUCUCCGGCAAUCUUACAAUCCUUCAAGCCCUAACAAUGAACAGAAACAUUGGUUCCACAAACUUCAAAAUACCAGCAGCGUCCUUUGUUGUCUUCAACCUUAUAUCCACAAUCAUCGCAAUCAUAAUCUUUAAUCGAGCAUUGAUCCCGCUCUGGGAAAGCCUAACCCAUCACUCUCCAACACCCCUUCAACGUCUAGGGCUUGCCUAUGUCAUCAACAUCAUUUCAUUGGUUAGUUCUGCUUUAAUUGAAACCCAAAGACUUCAUGUGGUUCGAACCCAUGGUUUAACACACAGACCCGGUUCGGUCGUUCCUAUGUCAGCCUUGUGGUUGGUUAUACCCAUGUCCAUUUUGGGUAUAGCUGAGGCAUUUGUUCCGGUUCAAAUCGGUUUGUAUUAUCAAGAGUUUCCGAAAUUUAUGAAGGAUACAUCGACAGCGGUGGUGUCUUUGAUGGUUGGAAUAGGGUUUUAUCUUGGAACUGCAAUUAUCGAUGUUGUGGACCGGAUCACAGGGUGGUUACCAAAUAAUAUAAAUGAAGGUAGAGUGGAUAAUAUGUUUUGGUUGAUGGUAGUGAUUGCGGUGUUGAAUUCUGGGUACUAUUUGGUUUGUGCUAAGCUGUUUAAGUACCGACAUAACGAUGAUGUUGCUAAUGAAGAGUCUAAUAUAGAAUUGAUUGCUCACUGA